UGCUGGGUCCUCUCUGAGAGCAGCUGCUCACAGCACAUUCUCCUCGGCGGGAGCACUCACUUUCCCCUCCGCCUGCUGAGCUGCAUCUCUUUUUCUCUUGUCUUUUAUCUCUCGCUGCUCUUUUUGCGUUCUCUCUUCUCUCUUUCUCCCGCACUCACUCUCUUUCUCCUUUGCCCUGCACUCACACAGACACACACACAUACACACACAUGCUUUCUCUGACUGUGUAGUGCUUGGCCACACAGAUGUUAUUCUUUAUGCAGUAACAGGUAGACAUCAUCUCUGUGCUGCUCUGCGAAGAACAGAAGGGGGAUCGGCGUUUUAUUAUAUGUGCAAAGUAAACUGUGAGAGAAGAAGCACAGGUGGAGAAAGAGGAAGAGGACACGAGGGGGAUAAGAGGAGGAAGAGGAAAGGGUCUUAGCUUCACCCCCUCUAAUGCUCCGCUUGACAUCAUGCUGCUCUGUGUGGAUUUGGUCCUCAGGGGAAAAUCCUUAAAAUGAUGGAAGACAACAAACAGCUGGCACACAGGAUUGAUGGGGCCAUCCAGUCCGCCAGUCAGGAAGUGACCAACCUCCGCUCCGAGCUCUCUGCCACCAGCCGUAGACUAGCAGAGCUGGGUGCCAGCAGCCCCCCUGCCUUGGAGAACCGGCACAAUCACCACGAUGACAGCCUCCACUACCGGGAUCCAUCAGUGCACCACAGACAGAAGACAGUGGUGACGGACAUGUGCUACCCGACAGAGAUAUCCAGCCUGAUGGACUUUGGCACUCCAGACUGCUCGCUAGGCAAAGUGUUGUUGCGUGAGGAGGUGGCCCAGCUUCAAGAGGAGGUCCACCUGCUGAGGCAAAUGAAGGACAUGUUGAGUAAGGACCUGGAGGAGACCCAGGGAGGCUGCUCAGCCAAUUUGCUCUCCGCCACCGAGCUCCGUGUGCAGCUGGGUGACAAGGAGCAGGAGCUGGACCGUGCCAAGGAGGCCUUACAAGCUAUGAAAGCUGACCGUAAACGUCUAAAAGUGGAGAAGGCAGACUUGGUGAGUCAGAUGCAGCAGCUGUACACAACACUGGAGAGCAGAGAAGAGCAGCUGCGAGAAUUCAUACGCAACUACGACCAACACCGAAAGGAGAGUGAGGAUGCAGUAAAAGCCUUGGCAAAGGAGAAGGAUGUGCUGGAGAGGGAGAAGUGGGACCUGAGGAGGCAGACCAAAGAAGCCACAGAACAGGCUAACACCCUGCGCUCUCAGAUGGACAUGAAGGAGAACAGGGUCAAAGAACUGGAGGCCGAGCUCACCAUGGCGAAGCAGUCUCUGGCCACCCUGACAAAAGACGUACCGAAGCGCCACUCAUUGGCCAUGCCCACAGAGCCCGUGGUGAACGGCAGUCAGGAAUGGGUGAUGCAGGCCGACCUGCCGCUCACUGCCGCCAUUCGUCAGAGCCAACAGACCCUCUACCAUGGACAUACUACGGACAGACAGGCUGUGGUCAGGAUCAGCCCCUGCCACUCUCGCCAGCCCUCUGUCAUCUCCGACGCCUCGGCUGCUGACGGGGACCGCUCGUCCACACCCAGCGACAUCAACUCACCUCGUCACCGGACCCACUCCCUCUGCAAUUCCAUGGAGGACCUGGAGGACCAGAAGCGUAAGAAGAAGAAGGAGAAGAUGACUCUGGGAUCCCUGUCACGGGUGUUCGCUCGGGGCAAGCAGCGCAAGUCACUGGACCCUGGCCUCUUUGAUGACUCUGACAGCCUCACACAACAGAGCCUGUCUGAUGGAGAGGAGCAGCUGGACCGCCUCCAGCAGGCAGAGCUCACUCGAAACACAUGCAUGUCGCUGUGGAGGGCAGGUGCAGUCCAGGCCUGGCUGGAGGUUGUCAUGGGAAUGCCCAUGUACAUCCGAGCCUGCUCUGAAAACGUCAAAAGUGGCAAGGUGCUGCUAGGCCUGACAGAUGAGGAUUUAGAGCUCGGUCUGGGUAUCAGUAACCCCAUUCAUCGCAGGAAACUAAGACUGGCCAUUGAGGAUUAUAGGAGAGCUGAAGGGGACCAAGGACUAUCAAAAGCAUCGGAGAUGGACCAUCACUGGGUUGCAACAUCCUGGCUGAGUGAUGUGGGAUUGCCUCAAUACUCCCAGACCUUCCAGACUCAUUUAGUGGAUGGGCGAGUGCUGAACUCCCUGAGCCGCAGAGACCUGGAGAGAUUCCUCAACAUCAGCGACCAGUACCACCAGACAAGUCUACUCCUGGCAAUCCAGCUCUUGCAGAUGCUCAGUUUUGAUAAAGAGGCCCUGCAGGCACGGCGGGCAAAGUGUGAGCAACAAGACUGGGAUCCCAUUGUUUGGACAUGUCACAGAGUAAUGAAGUGGAUCAGAGACAUAGACCUCAAGGAGUAUGCAGACAAUCUUCAGGGUAAAGGAAUUCAUGGAGCUAUGAUGGCUCUGGACCCAUCCUUUGACACAGAUGCCAUGGCCAAAGCCCUGGGGAUACCCAGCAACAAACACAUGCUGCAUCGGCACCUGUAUGAAGAGAUGAAAUCUCUCGCUGUCCCUCACAGCAGUGCAGAGCAGGGCAAUGAGGUUAUCGGUUCCUCUUCACCUGUGGCUGUUAACCGCUUUGCUGAGGAGAGGGUGUCUAUGAGAAGAUCAGCCAAGAGUCCGCUGAGGUUACGUGCGAACAGCCACUCUGUGGAGCGAUCUCUGGGCUUCCACGGCAGCUGUGGCUCUCUACCGAGAGAGGCCAGAGUUCAGGCUGUUCCCAGGGCCAAAGGCAGCCCGAUGCACACCUACAAGAGUGUUGAAAUCACCAAUGUCUGAACAAGCCUCAGCCAUCAACAUCACUCACGUUGUUACAAUUGUUUACAUUGUUUUUGUAUUAUAGUUGUUCACUAUUGACAGUGACCUACACUCAGCAUUGCUGACCUUUUACGAUGAGAUUGUCUUAAAGGGUUGUAACACUUCAAUGAAUAAUUCAAACAUAUUAUUAUUUUGGGCAAAUUAAUAAUAACAUAUAUUCUGAACAGAGACCUGAUGGAGCUGGUCAUUUUUUUUCCAACUACAUUUCCAAAUGAGUUUUAUAUCAUGAGUUUAGAGAAGGCUUAAGAGUAGCCUACAAAAAUAACUGAACACAAUGUUCUCCUUUGAUGCCUUAUAUGAAAUAGGUCUCACACUACUGUUGUUUACUGCUCCUCUCUUUUCAACUAUUUCUAACGUGUCAGUUAACUUUUUUCAUUGUUGCACAUGUAAGUAAAUUAAUAAUUGUGCUUGUGGAAAAAAGUCAAUAUAAUGUGUUUUCACUGUAGAGAUACAUAUUCACUGUUAAGGACCUGAACUGUGACAUGUCAGCAGCUCUACAUACCUGAGUGAGACAUUGUUUGUGUUGGUCCUCAAGCUACUCUGGUCCUCUAUUGGUCCAUGCAAGUUCCCCAUCACAAUUAAUAUCAUCACUAGAAAAGAUAGUAGAUCUUAGAUUAAAACAACAUUAAAAGAUGUGAAAUCUGGACACGUGGGGGAGCUAAUGUCACCACAAUGGCCAAGAGGUGCAACCGUUAUGACUGCACACAAGACAAUCUUUAACAUGGGUUCUGUACUUUUGAAAACUGGUAAAAUCCAUAUACUCAUUAGUGUUAAAUAAUAGAAUAAUUUAAUUAGUGAAAUUUUGUUUUGUUGUUUUGAUUUACAUUUGACUGCAAAUGUUGAAAACAUUCAUUAUAUGUGGGUGAUAUGUAUAUUAAACAUACAGUUGAAUGUUGGGUUUUGAAAGUGAUAAUGUGUCAAAUUAAAGAAAAUUGCCUCCACAUACAUUAUACUGUAUAAGCACUGAAAAAAUAAUGUUACUUGAUUAUGAACUCAAUGGAGAGAAUGUAAUGGUAUAUUUUGUACAGUUUAAUCAUGUUUUAUAACAUACAUUUCUAUAAAGGUUUCUGUUCCUGAGCAUGAAAACACACAUAUGAAAUGUCACCACACUGUGUUCAGUUAAAAGCCUAAGGUUAUUCCAAAUAAUAGAAACGCCACUUUCUGGGCGUCACCAAAGGCAAAGUUGUUUAAGCGGGAAGAUUAGAUCAGUUCAAACCUGUCAGAUGGGAAAGACUUGAAUGGUGUUUGUGUUAAUAUGACAUUUACUCUCUCUCUCUUUAUCCAGCUGUCAGAGUUUUUCAUGUACGCCAACAUUAAAGAUGAAAAUGCUGUCAACUGCUAUAUACACAG